AUGCCAUCGCAUUACCCAACCCCUACCUUACCAAGUCCUUCCCAAUCAUCUCACGCAAGCAUCCCAGCAUUAGACUCUGACACAGAAAUCUAUGCACACCUUCACAACACCCGCUCCCCUCCCCAAGUUCGGAACAGAUUCCUCGACAACAGCUUGACCCUAUCAUUAGAGCGCAAUAUCCGUGCUUGGCGCAAUGGCAUCGUCUUUGAUUACGGUGUCAUUACUGGUAUCAACUCUUCUGCAUUCUCAGAGCCUGUUGCGCGCCUUCUUACUUCAGAGGAGGCUCGCAGGGAUUUUGGAAUUUGGGGAGAUUGGAUAAGUAAUGUUGCCCGCCUUCCACCAGACGCCUACACCCAACUUGCACUUCAACUCGCCUGGUACCGCUCCCGCAGAUUCCUCGUAGUGACCUACGAAACAGCCCUUACGCGAAUGUUCAAUGCUGGCCUUACAGGGUGCGUAAGGAGUGCAAGUGCGGAGGAGUCAGACUCUGUUAAAGCUGCUAAGGAAUGGGGACGUGGAGCUGAAUGCGUCCACAUCUGCUUCCUCCUUGGACUCUCCCUCGAGUUCAAGUCCCACCGAUUCCCCGAAAAACAUACGCACCCUCUCUUCACCGACCCUCUUUUCUCUCGCUCUCAGGAGUGGAAGCUCAGCACUAGUGGCCUGAGCGCCGGUGACCAAUUCCGAGGCACUGGCUGGGAGGAUCGUUAUGGGAUUAAUUAUCUCAUAGCACCCCACCGCAUCAAAUUCUGCGUCGAGUCCAAAUUAUCAUCUCUGCUCACCUCCACGAACAAGUUCAAACAGCAUAUCGCAGAUGCGGUCCGGGAUAUGCGGGUGAUUUGCGAGGCUGGAGAGCUCGAGUUGAAAGACAGAACGAAGAAAUCAGUGGAUGGGGUGAGCACAGGGGUGCACGCACGGUUGUCCUGCCUGGUGCAGGCUGGUGGCAUUGAUCAAGAUAAUCGCAAGCGAUCGAACACCCUUGUCGGUUCAAUAGAAGUUUGUUGAAUGCUCGAUCGAGAAUUCUAUACAUGAUGAAACGGUUAUUAACAACCGUCCUUGCUUGUCGCUGCACAAUACCUGCCCAACUUGUGUUAGUGAUAACGACGUCCAAACUCCACUAGAUCACCCUACUCUCAUUCGCACAAAACUAAACUAAACCUACUUAUCGUAUACCACGCAAUACACCACUCAGACGCAACUGAAACGAGAAAACUCAUUAUUUAUU